AUGGAGCGGCAGAACCUGGUGGUGUACGCCGUGGAGGGCGCCAGGGAGGUAUCCCUGGGGGUGGCCAGCGGGCUGGCCUUUGUGUGGACGGGCAACCUGGCGGCGCCGUACGCGGGGGCGUUCCUCAUGCAGGCCCUCUUCUCGGGCUACCAGCGCUUCUGCCUCGACCGCCAGCGCCGCCGCCGCCGCGCCGCGCUCGCGCGCAUGCAGGAGCGCAGCGCGAAGAUGCGUGACGCCGUCGCCGCCGCAGUGGCCUCCAAGAAGGCGCGAGAGGGUGCGGCGGCGGCGCCCUCUGCCGACCCCGCGGAUGGCGCCGUCGGCGCUGCCGACGAGCGGCGGGGAGCAGAGGUGCCGGCCUCGGAGCCGGCGGGCAGCAGCGGGGGUGGGGUCGAGCAGGCGGACGAGCGGCUGACGCCGGCAGCGAGGGUGAUGCUAUCAGAUCUGGAGUUCCGGCGCAGCGGCGGCGGCGCGGCCGCGCUGCGGGACGCCCAGCGAGAAGCUGACCUGGCAGAGAUCAGGGCGGCGCUCGCCGACCCCCCGGCUGCCGCAGAUCCCACCAGCAGCCGGGCGGACGGCGACGCCGACCAGCCGCCGGGGCCGGGCGGCGCCAGCGGCAGCGUGGCGGCGGAAGCGGAGGAGGCGGACGCGCGACUGGUGGCGCUGCUGUCAGAUAUGAUGCGGUCGCCGGAGGGACGCGGAGUUGUGCGGCGGUUUAAGGACGCCAGCGGCGGCGGCGGCGGCGGCGCGGGCGCGGCGGCAGCGAGGGGCACGGGCGGGGACGACGUGUCUGCGUACAUCGAGGGGCUGUUGUCUGAUCCCGAUGUGAAGGCGCGCCUGGUGCGGGAGCUUGAGGCGCGGCUGUGCGAGAUGGCGGAGAGGGAGGAGGAGGGGCGGCGGGGAGGCGGCGGCGGCGGCGGCAGCAGCAAGGGAGGCGGCGGGGAGUAA